AUGCCGCCUCUCCCAAGAGCGCCAAACCCAGUCAACCUAUCCUCACUGCAGAGGUGUCCAGGCCGCCUCUCCAAGAGUGCCCACACCUCUCCACACAACCCUCCUCCUCCAGACCGGUCCCCACCGAGAAUGCCAAAGAAAGGAGGGGGGCGCUGGGAACUGGAGAGCGUAGCCCCGACUCAGCACUCUGCGUAUCCACAGUGUUUCCAGGAUGGGAGGAGGGAGUAA